AACAAGUUUUUGAACAAAAAUAAUUGUAUAACUAUUUUGUGUUUUGAAAAAAAUGUCAUUAAAUAUAAUUAAUAUGAAUGAUUGGAUUGUCGGCAAUAAGCAAUACUUUUUGCCGCCUAUUUGUAAUAAACUAUUAUAUACCAAUCAAUUGAAAGUAUUUUUUGUCGGCGGACCAAAUCAGCGCAAAGAUUAUCACAUUGAAGAGGGAGAGGAACUAUUUUAUCAAAUCAAAGGAGACAUGUGCCUUAAAGUGAUACACAAUAAAAAACCUAAGGAUAUUAUCAUUAGAGAGGGACAGGUGUUUCUGUUGGGCCCACGAAUACCACACUCUCCACAAAGAUUUCCCAAUACUAUUGGUCUAGUAAUUGAAAGAGAGAGACUUAAGGAGGAAUGGGAUGCACUCCGAUAUUUUGUCGACAACUCGACUGAUAUAUUAUACGAGCGCUGGUUUUAUUGCCAGGACUUGGGCUCACAAUUAGCGCCAAUAAUUCAAGAGUUUCAGGCAUCAGAUGAAUGCAAAUCAGGAAAACCAUCUGAAAAUUCAAAGCUAAGGGACGCUCCCUAUAGUGAUGACAGUUCACAGUCAUUGCGGACACCGUUUCAGUUGACUGAAUGGCUUAACAAAAAUACCAAAUAUAUCGAUGAAAAUGGAUUCAAAUCCUUAUUUGAUGGCAAAUCUCAGUCAACGGUUGUUGUCUACGGCGGACAUCAAACUCAUGCGUUUAAUACACAAUCGUCUGAGAUAUUUGUCUUGCAAUUGAUAAAUGAAAGUAAAAUUCAAUUCAAUGGCAAUUACCAACAAUUAAUGACUGGAAAUAUGGUACUAAUACCCAAACAUACGAGCUGUUCAUUGGUAUCACUUAUGGGAAGUUAUACUCUCACUGUUUCGAUGCCUUCAAUGUCAUCCAAAUCACAUCAAAAGUAGAGCCAAAACUCAAAUAAACUUUGAGAAAAUAAAAUUAUGAAAAGACAUUGAAAUGUAUUUUUUCAAUGAAGUCAUCGAUGUUUUUCGUUAAAAAAAAGAGUAAAUAAAAUAAAUAAACAAAUAAAACACAAUUUGAAAG